GCUCUCCCUACGCCUUUUACCCAGACACCCCAAGCUGCUCUAUCGCGAAACCGUCGCGCGCCAUCAUCUCCAUUGCUGUCUCGAGCUCGCCGAACCGCUUCGCCAAACACGACCGCUUGUCGUGCGCGUCCCCUGUGCUGAAUCUACGCCAUGGCUACAAAAGAUCUUUUCGAUCUGGACGCCGCACUAGGCAGCGAGGAAGAAGAUGAGGACUUUGAUGAGGAGAUGGGCGAAGCUCGGCCAAAGAAGUCCAACGGCGCGAAUGGCAUCGACGACUCCAGCGAGGAGGAAGACGAAGACGACGAUGAGCGGCUAGCAGAGGAAGGCGCAGGCUUCAUUGCCACCGAGGACGAAGAAGAGGAGGAGGAGGCGCGCAGGGAGCGGCGGCGCAGAAAGAAGCGUAAGAACCGCGAGGCCGACGAGGCGCUCGACGAAGAAGACUUGGACUUGAUUGGUAUUGAGAUUGAGCGCCCAGAAGAGACACAGACCAGGUUCAAGCGUCUGAAGCGCGGUCACAAGGAGCGCGUCAAGUCCCGCGGCGUCGACGACAUUUUUUCCGAUGAGGAGGUCAACGAGGACAUCGACCCUCGGGGCGUGGGCAUGGACGAAUUCAGCGGCUUCAUCGAGGACGACCAAUUCGAGGACGAGAUCGAGGAUGACCGCGACGUCACGCAGCCAGGCAUCAACCUCAUCACACAGGGCCUGCAGGCGGCGGGCUUAGACGAAGGCGCUGAGGAAGACUACAGGGCGGCGUUCGGCGAUGGCACAGACUACGACUGGGCCCUGGACAUGCAAGAGGCUGAGGAGGAGGAACAGACCGGAGAAGGACGUGAGCUCCAGCUCAAGGACGUGUUCGAACCCUCACAGCUGCAGGAGCGCAUGCUUACAGACGAAGACAACGUCAUCCGCGAGGUCGACGUGCCCGAGCGCCUGCAGUUGGCCCGCAAACCCUUCCGGGAACUAGAGCUGACGCCAGAGGACAUGCAGUCGCGACUGACUGAGGAGGCAUUAUGGAUCACUAAGUUGCUCUGGCCGAAGAAGGGUCUCCCGGGCUACUUCCAGCAACCUUUUCAGAAAGCCGUGCGUAAAGUUCUCGAAUUCAUCAAUCUAGAGGACUACGAAGUCCCUUUCAUCUUCAACCAUCGCAAGGACUAUCUGAUCCACGCACCCAGCGACAAUGACGACAACGACGACCCCGAUAACCCGCCGCCCAUGGACGCUCGACCGGAGCGUCUGCUUAAUCAAAGUGAUCUGUGGGAGGUUUUCGACUUGGAUCUCAAAUUCAGAGCCUUUGCUGAAAAGCGAGAUGCUCUCAGGCAAAAUUACGACAACGUGCGGAGUGUCUAUCCCGACAUUACCGACAACGAGAUCGAAGACCUUACGCAAAAGGCUGUAACGAUUGAAGAAAUCCAGGAGCUCCAGGACUACCUUCACUACCGCUAUUCCCAAGAGAUGAACGAGGUUCGACAGGAAGUCAACGGAGCUCAGAAGCGUGCUAACAACGCUCGGAACUUUUUCGACAAGUUACGAGGCGGCAAAGCGCAUCUCUUUGUCAAAGCUAUCGGCAUCACCCCCGACGAUUUUGCCAAGAAGGCUGAGGGCACAAGUAGAGGUUCUCAGGUCGUUGAAGAUCCGCCAUACAAAGUCGAAGAGCUCGCCGACCAAAUGGCCCAAGCUCCUGAAACCGGAGUCUCGCUUCUCAGGUCCGCAAAACUCUUGUUUGUCCAGGAUUUGUUCAUGAGCUCUCGUCUUCGCAGGUUCUUGCGAGGCAGCUUCUACCAGAACGCGGUGAUUGACUGCAUACGCACAGACAAAGGCAUGCGGAAGAUUACUGAAGACCACCCGUACUACGAAUUCAAGUAUCUUCGCGGACAGACUUUUCUUGAUCUCAAUGGUCGUCCUGACCUUUUCCUCAAGAUGCUCAAAGCCGAGCAAGAAAGUCUUGUGCAGGUCCGAAUUUCGAUGGGCAACUACGACAAGUUCAAGGCCAAGCUUCAAGACAAGAUUGUUUCCGACAACGUCAGCGAAGUGUCCGAGACCUGGAACGCUCUCCGCAAAGAAGUACUCGAGAUCGCCUUGGACAAACUGCAGGGCAUCAUCGCGAACGGUGUCAAGGAGACCCUGCGAGCUCGAUGCGAAGACGAGCUUGCCAGCCGUGCGAGAGAAAAUUACUACAACAAGCUUGAUCAAGCACCAUACAGACCUAAAAGCUCUCCCUUGGGAUCCGUUCCCAAUGUUCUUUGUCUUUCUCAUGGCAAGGGUGAACGAGGUGACGCCGUUAUGUGGGCAUACGUUGAGAACGACGGUCGAGUGUUGGAGCAGGGCAAGCUUGUCGACAUGAAACUUGGCAACCCCGAGCGAAACAUUCCGGACGGUCAAGACAUUGCGAAUCUUGUUGACGCCAUUCAGCGUCGGCGCCCAGACGCUAUUGGUGUCAGUGGCUGGUCAGUUGAGACUCGCAGGCUAUACAAGGAUAUACAGGAAAUCGUCAGCCAGCACAAUCUUACGGGAUCAACUUAUGAAGACGAGAACACAAACGCGGAGAGGAGCGAUCCUCUAGACGUUGUCAUGGUCAACGAUGAAGUUGCGCGACUCUAUUACAACAGUGCUCGCGCAGCUAUAGAGUUUCCUAAGUACGCACCACUCACCAGGUACUGCAUUUCUCUUGGAAGGUACCUGCAGAACCCGCUUGCUGAAUACGCCUCACUCGGAAAGGAUGUCGUAUCAAUACCAUUCGUCCAAGACCAGACUCUGAUACCUCCGGAAAAACUCCUGGACCGACUGGAGACUGCCAUGGUCGACAUGGUCAACCUCGUCGGUGUCGAUUUGCCAGAGCACUACGAUGACCCAUACAUGUCGAAACUUCUACCCUACGUGUGCGGUUUGGGUCCCCGAAAAGCCGACAGGAUGGUCAAGGCUAUCCAAGCAAACGGAGAAGAAAUUCUGUCACGAUUCGAUCUCCUCGGUGUGUCAGAGAACAGCUCUCGUGAGUUGAAGGCGGCUAUGGGUCCCAAGGUCUUUCAGAACUGUGCCAGUUUCCUUUUCAUCGUAUACGACCAAAGUGAAGAGUCAUCCGACUACUUGGAUUACACUCGUGUCCAUCCUGAAGACUACGAUCUUGCGCGGAAGAUGGUCGCAGAUGCCCUGAACAUGGACGAGGAAGACGUCAAGGCAGAAGUGGAUGACGGUGGCGCCAGUGCCGUUGUACGGAAGAUGGUCAAGGAGGAGAACACAGAUCUGGUCAAUGACUUGGCUUUGGAAGACUACGCCGCAGAGAUCGAGAAGAACUUUGGCCAGCGCAAGCGUGCAACUCUCGAGACCAUUCGAGCCGAACUUGACGCUCCCUACGAGGAGAUCAGGCAGAUCUUUGCGCUGAUGACUGGUGACGAGAUGUUCACCAUGCUGACUGGCGAGACUAAAGAGACUUUGUACGAAGGCAUGGUCAUCCCAGUGACUAUCAAGCGCACAUUCCAAGAUCACAUCGAGGCUAAGCUCGAGUGCGGAAUCGAUGGUGGUGUGUCUGAAUCUGAGUUCCCCGAGGGUGUGGGCAGCGGUGGCCAAGAACCUCGUCACGUCUUUCAACCGCACCAGACGGUUCGUGCCCGCAUUUUGUAUCUGAAUCGCAAAGCUCUUUCGGCACAGCUGUCGUUGCGAGCCGACCUCAUUCGCCAGCCAAUGCCACGAGCCAUCGAUCGCAUUCCCGGCGAAUGGGACGAGCAACAGGAGGCUGCAGACAAGAAGGCCGCAGCGAAAGAGAAGGAAGUUGCCUCAGGCCGACCCAACCGCGUCGUCAACCACCCCCUAUUUUUCCAAUUCAACGCGACACAAGCAGAAGAAUACCUGGGUACCAAGGAGCCGGGUGAACUGGUCAUUCGUCCGUCCUCCAAGGGAUUCAACCAUCUCGUUGUGACUUGGAAGGUUUCCGCUAGCGCCUACCAACAUCUCGACGUCCUCGAGCUGAACAAGCCUAACCAGUUCUCUCUUGGCAAGAAACUCACCAUUGGCAAGAGCGUUUACACCGAUCUCGACGAACUGAUCGUCAACCACGUCGAAGCCAUGGCCCGCAAGGUCACGGAGAUCACACGAGACGAGCGGUUCCAAAACGGCACAAAGGAAGAAACUGAUCUCUGGCUGGAAACUUACUGCAAAGCCAACCCCUCGCGCUCCAUGUACGCCUUCUGCAGCAUGCCCAAACACCCCGGCCACUUCUGGAUCUGCUUCCAGAUGGGCGACAACGCCCCCAAGGGCGCCUGGGGCAUCAAAGUCGUCCCCAAUGCGUUUGAGCUGCAGAAGAAUCUUUACCCCAACAUGAUGGCGCUGAAGAACGGGUUCAAGAUGUUGAUCGGGGCGAAAGCUGCCCAAGCUAAUGGCCCAAGGCGGUAAGAGCUGAGAAGGUGAUCGGCAAGGAGGGGGUGGACGUUGUAUUUAUAGGCUCGUUUUAAUUUUCUUGGACUUUUUGAUCGUGGGGUGAUUGACGCCUUUGGGGCCCGCAUUACUUUUGGAGUUUAUGGCGCGUAGAGUUUGUGCGGGUGAGGUGAAGUCUAGAUUGGCAAAAUCCCGUUUUUGGGGAGCGGAGGGGUUUGUAUGUAUGUAUGGGUGGGUAGUUUGAAUAUCGCUUUUCUUCGCAAAAAGUUUGAUUCCAAUCUACUGC